GUUUUUGUUCUAACCUUCAGUCAGUUUUCGCCCAUCGUUCGAACGUUCGUUUCGCUUCCUGCUUGAAGCUUCUUCCAAUCCCUGCGCCUCCCCGCCGAUUACAGCCCACUCACUUGCCGGGAGUAUCCCACAACCAAAACCCAAGCCCCGCCACGAGCACGCGCCCGCGCUCGACCGGUUGCUAAAGUGCGUUACCAUGUCGUACUACUCACGGCGCAAUGAGCAUCCCCGACCGCUUGAAGAUAGGGAAGCCGAGAGACUGGCGGAGUUCAAAGACUCAAUCAUAUAUUCAGCAAGAUACUCGGACGACAAGUACGAAUACCGACAUGUUCAGCUACCGAAGCAAAUGCUCAAGGCAAUACCGUCGGAAUACUUUAUGCGAAAGGAGGAUGGGUCCAGGGGGACGCUGAAGCUUCUGUGGGAGGAAGAGUGGAGAGCACUCGGCAUCACACAAAGUCUUGGUUGGGAGCACUAUGAGGUGCAUGAGCCAGAGCCACACAUUCUUCUUUUCAAGCGACCCAUAAACUACCAGCCGCCGCAGUGAUGAUGCGCCACCAACUUUCGAGUCGUAGGGCCUAGCCAUCCAGGCUCCGCCAGCGCGCGUGCCGGGCCAGUACUCCAUCGACCUGGUAUUAAGCGAGUGACGAGCGCCUCUCACUGUUCGUUUUUAGCACACCAGGCCAUCUCCCGGUUACCAUGAUAUGAUUAUGGAGACAUGGAUUGGCAUGUUGUUGGGCUGCCUCGGUUGGGAGGAAAGAGGGGGAAAGGAGGAGAAGGGAUUUAAGAAUAUACAGUGCAAAUAUCUUGGGCGUGAAGGGAGGUCAGGCGAACGUCCGUGUACAUAGGAAGAAUAUACGAGCAUCAGGGACCAUGGUAGCGGUACUCAACUUAUGUAGCUUCACCAUGCGUUUUGCCCUUCGAACAA